AUGCAUGAACUUAUGCCACUGCAGGCAUUGCUGCGUUGUUCUACCGCGGAAAAUUGCAUAACAUGCUAUUUCACUGACGGCCCCACGAAAAUACCGAGUGCUGGACUCGAGAGCGAAGCAGGGUUCAACGAACCGGCCUGUUCCGAAACGGUCAGAGCCGCGGCCGGUGAUAAAAGUGAAAGCGACGCAUUGCUUGAGCACAGCCUGACAUGCCGAUGCCGCCAAGCGGCUAGAUCGUGCGCCGCG